AUGUCGACCAGGUCUAGAUCUUCAUGGGUCGGCACCACCAAAGAACAGCAGGAAUUCUUGGAGCCGUAUAUCGCCUACUAUCGCCGCCUGAAAGCAGAUGCCUGUAAACAUCCAAAACCAUACUCUGUCUUUCAAUCCCAGCUCUGGCUACUCUGGAAGGAUCGUUUCCGUGCUCAGCUGCAACUGCCUGACCCUACCGAUAAGGAUGCCUGUAAACACUGGUACGCCUGCCGCCAGAAGGAUCUUGCUGCAAUCAUUCGUACCCUUGAAAUGUGGGAACCCUUCUAUGCCGCAGGUCGUAAACGGGAGAUGGCCCAAAGAGUAAAGAUCAGGGCGAAGGUCGCAAAGGCUGCAAAGGCUGCAGCACAGACACGUAGCAAUGGGCAGGAAGAAGGGGUAUCGGGCGUUCGAAGGAGUGAGAGGAUGCCCAAACCACGGAAGCUCGUUGAUAAUGUCGAAUCAGAACUCGCAUAG